GCCUGAACGAAAACUCGGUUAUCAGACGUUUCAUUUGACAUCAAACACUAACUAGUAAGCUAAAAGAAACCGCGUCCAUGUGACAUGUUUGCUUUGACAACACCGAAGACAACAGGUGCCUGUUCUGGUUUUGGCUCUGUAGCUGCAGUGAAAGUGAAGCUCUGACAGUUUUCAAGCUGCACUUCUGACUGCUGCCCUUCUCAAUGAGGUACAGAGGAGCUCAGAUCUGUCUCUGGACUCAUGGCUCGUGCUGUGUGUCCCGCCUCUUCGUUCCUGGACCUCUGCCUGGCAGAUUCACCCUGGUCCGAACCUACAGUGCUCACCAUCAGCCUGGCUCGUCGCCAUCCUCUAACCCCGCCCCUCCCGAUGAGAAAGGCGGAGCUGAGGUGGUGAAGGAGCGUGCCUUGGCUGCCUUACAGAAUGCAGGUCAGGUGGGGCUGCACUGGGGUCAGAGGCUGGCCCAGACAGCCAGCUCCUCAGUCAACUACUGGUGGGAGAGGUACGAGGAGUUUGUUGGGCUCAACGAGGUCCGCAUGGCCCAGACCAAGGUCACUGAGGCUGAGGCAGCGUUCAUGGUGGCCAGAGGGAUGGUGCGCGAGGCUCAUCUUAGCCUGGAGGCCCUGCAGGUCAGACUGAAGGAGGUCAGAGACCGGCUGGACAGAGUCUCCAGGGAGGAGGCUCACUACCUGGAGCUGGCCACGCUGGAGCACAAACUGCUGCAGGAGGAGCGUCGCCUCCGGACAGCGUAUGAGAACGCAGAGGGUUCAGAGAGGGAGAAGUUCGCCUUGUUCUCAGCAUGCGUCAGGGAGAGCCACGAGAAGGAGAGGACCAGAGCGGAACGCACCAAGAACUGGUCCAUCAUCGGCUCCGUACUCGGAGCCCUGAUCGGGGUCAUGGGAUCGACAUACAUUAACCGCGUCCGCCUGCUGGAGCUGAAGAGUCUGCUGCUGGAGGCCCAGAAGGGUCCAGAGAGCCUGCAGGAAGCCCUCAAAGUCCAGGCUGGAAACCAUCGGUCCCAGCAGGACGAGCUCCGAACGCUCAUCGACAGCCUCAGGGUCGCUCUGAAUGACACCGUCACGCAGACGGACAUCAUCCUUCAGAACAAGCAAGGUCCGACCCCAGACUCACCCACGGUGCCUCUUUCAGCCUUAAAAGACCUCCGCCUUGGCAGCCAAAAGACAGUGUCCCUCUUGGAGUCCCUCCCGCCACAACUGGGACAACUGGAGCAGGGACUCGGUAGAGUUGAGGGCGAAUUGUCAGAGGUGAGGAAGCUGCUGGAAACGAGACCACAGGCCGAACCACAGGCUGGUCAAUUAGAGUUAGCAAAGCCAGAGAGACCAGAAAGAACAGAGAGACCAGAUAAACAGGACCAGUGGGAGUCUGAGGCAGUAGUGAGGCAUCUGGAGGAGACCCAGAGGACACUGGGUGAAAGAAUCAGGACCAGUACUCUUUAUAACGCCGUGUUUACCUACACCGCCACGGCCAUUACCAUCUCUGCUGUCUACCUGCUGCUCAGAGGAACUGGUUAAACAUGGUACCUGCAGUUUGAACCCCUUUCACAGGACAACAAACCCACUAACAUCUGGCUUUUGUGCUUAGUGGGAAAGGGUACAAUCAGCAGUCAUUCCCAGGUGGAAUGACUGCAGUAGUCAUUGGUGUUUAUUGGCUCCAGCUCAGAUCAGCAGUGAUGGAAACAUGACUCCUGGGUGGAGAUUCUCAUUUUCUCCCCUUUUCCAGUGCGAUGUUAUGAUGGGCGUUGAAGAUUUGGUGUAAAAAUGGUGCAACGCUACGAGUCACAGAGAGUAAUAAUCUAAAAAAAUUAUACCAGAGUCUAACAUUUACUUGGUUGGACGUCACUCAGUUUCAGUAAUUAACAGAUACAGUUGUUGAUUCAGCUUAUCAUCUGCUGCUGCUGCUUUUAAGUGCACUGCUGAAUCAGAGAGCGACUUUGGUUCCUUCUAACAUUUUCAGUUCUCUGAUCUCAACAGGAGUCUGGUCAUAAUUCCAGCUGUGCUGCAUUCAACUGCAGCACUCUGCAAUAUCAGCUUUUAUUGUUUACUGUCCGUGAAUUCUAAAUUGUUAAACAUGAUGAAACACUGCAUAGACACCAUUUUGAUAUGUAUCACAUGUAAUCUGGCUGCAGGUGUUAAAUAUUUUCCAUCAUGUACUUUAUAGAAUGCCCAUGGUCACAUCAACCCUCCAGUGGGUCAGGCCAGUAAUCGUUUUGACUCAUUGGUGCAUAUUCCAUCAGAGUGAUUUAAUAUGGGGCCUUUGGUGCUUUAGUAAUCCAGCCCUACUGAACAGUCAAAAAUGCAAAAACAUCGAAUUCCUUUCAAUUCAUGAUAUAACGCAGAGAAAAGCUGUAAAUUCUUACGGUUGACAAGCUUGAACCAGAGAACGUUUGGAAUUUUUUCUUGAUAAAUGACUUGAAUGAGUAUCCAGAUGUUUUCUGUCUUCAUUCAUGUCUAUUUGGCUACAACCACCCUGUCAAUUAUUUCUGAGCUUCUAACUUGCAUAAGGAAUUCAGAGUUUCUGUCAUUGCUGAAUCUGGAGAGUAUAAUUAGUGUCGAUCAUUAAAUCAGAACAUCAGUUGAUCAGUUUAACUGAAGCCUCUUCCCCCUGUACCUGCUGCUCGGAGACACAUGGAUUUAUUUCUAACACCAAUGCCAUGCAGCAUGUGGCCAAGUUAGUCCCAGUGCCAACUGAGUUUUUAACUUUGGUAGCGUGAUUCAGCCUCAGUCAUCAGCAGCCUGAUCAGCAGAUGACCAGCUGAACCUCAGAGGGUCCACAUACUGUGAUCCCACUUCUGAGAUUCAUUUCCACUCUGCUCAAACAGCACGAUACUCAAACUCACAUGCACUGAGCUGCACUUGAUUUUUUUUUCCACACAUGUAGGGAGAACCCAUUAUAUGUUAGUUUUAAUUAAACUGAUGGUUAACUCGUGCACAUAAACUCGUGCAUAAAUGCCUGAAGGAGCAAUAAUGACAAUAAAUUAAUUGUGACUUAUCACUAAAGUUAGGAAACAUUUGUCACAUGAAUUGACUAAAUGAAACUGACCAAUUGAAAUGUCUGUAAGUAGGCUUACAAUGCUCUGAGAUGGCCUUUACUUUCCUUUAAUUAUUGCAGUCCUCACAGUUCUUUGAGUGAAAGAAAAAUGUUAAUGGAGUCUUUCCGCUGCGGUGGAAUUCCUUUUUAAACUCCAGUACUUGAACGUUUUUGUGUGUUUCCGUGUUGAUGUGGGGCUGCAGUUUGCACUGAGCUGGACGAAGAUCACUGUCUAUUAAACUGUUUGUUCUGCUGAGCCUUAUUGUUUGCUGAAAGACUGACUUCAUUAGUUAUGUAAUAGCUGACCUGCCUGCCUGAGUGGUCGAUGAAGACAGACUAGUUUCACAUGCUCAACAUGUUUAUUCCUGUUUAUUGUACAGGCUAGCAAAAUGUAGGUUGCAACUGACAAUUACCUUCAUUAACAAUUAAUCUUCUGAAUAUUUUGCUGAUUCUUUAAUCAUUUAGUCUACAAAAUGUCAAAAAAAAAUAUGCCAGACACAA